ACGCGUGGAGGCAAGAAUGACACCGGCGCGUCCUCACAUCCAGACAGCCUGAACGUUUGCACGCAUUUGAGACGGCACGAUGGCACCUUCACGGACACAAGCGCUCCUCCUCGCCGCCGUGACAUUCAACGCACUGUGGGGGUCCGCGCUCGCCAUCACCCGCUACUCCAUUCCGGAGGAGAUGGAAGAGGGUUCCUUUGUUGCGAACCUGGCCACGGAUUUGGGUCUGGAUGUGCGCAGCAUGGUGGAACGGCAAGCCAAGCUGGACGUCAUUCACAGCAAAAAUUACCUCGACAUCAACAAAGACACCGGUGAGCUGAUCAUCCGUGAGAAGAUCGACAGGGAAAGCAUCUGCAUGACGAAAACAACCUCAUGCUUCCUGAAAAUGGAUGUCAUACUCGAAAACCCCAUACGUAUCUUUAACAUCGAGCUGGAGAUCAUGGACAUCAACGACAACGCGCCAGUGUUCCGGAGGAAGACCAUUUAUUUGGAUGUUUCCGAGGCAACCCCUCCCGGUGAGAGAUUCUCCUUAACAAAUGCUGUAGAUGCAGAUGUUGGCGCUAAUUCCAUCAAGACUUACUACCUAAGCAAGAGCAAAUAUUUCAGCAUUGACAUUCAAACUGGCAGCGACGGCUCCAAAUAUGUCGACUUGGUUCUUGAUGGCAAUCUGGACCGGGAGAUGGAUCAAGUGCAUCAUCUGAUUUUAACCGCCGUGGAUGGAGGGGUUCCUCCCCGAUCCGGUACAGCCAGUAUUAUUAUUAACGUGCUGGAUAUCAAUGACAAUGCCCCCGUUUUCAGCCAAGCCGUAUUUGAAGUGGACGUUUCGGAGAACACCGUUGCCGGCAGCGUGGUUAUGACUUUAAACGCAACAGAUUUGGAUGAAGGCACAAACGCCCAGUUGCUCUACUCGUACACGCUCUACACAUCUGAGAAGACCCAGGAGCUCUUCUCGCUUGACCCAAAUUCCGGCGAGAUCAAGGUGAAGGGCGUGAUUGAUUUUGAGGAGAGUCAGAAUUUCGAGAUGCACAUCCAAGCUCAGGACAGGGGGGCCGCCCCGCUGUCGGGUCACUGUAAGGUGAUGGUGUCCGUCACAGAUUUAAACGACAACUACCCCGAGUUGACCAUUAAGUCGCUAAAAAGCGCCGUGAUGGAGAACGCCGCCGUGGGGACGCUGAUCGCGGUGGUCGGCGUCGGCGACAGGGACUCCGGGAACAACGGCGAGGUGGAGCUCAGCCUCAGUCAGCAGGGAAGCCUGCCCUUCGCCCUCCAUCCGUCCUCCGAGGGCUACUUUGAGCUUCUGAUCUCAAAGCCGCUGGACAGAGAGAUACAGAGCAAAUAUGAAAUCACGCUGCGAGUGUCCGAUAAAGGCUCGCCGCCGCUGAGUGAAAGCGAGACCUUCACCUUGGAGAUUCAUGAUAUUAACGACAAUGCGCCCACGUUCCCCCGGUCCUUCUACACCAUCCACGUUAUGGAGAACAACCUACCGGGGGCGUUGCUCACGUCUCUGAGCGCCUUUGACCCGGAUCUGAAUGAGAACCAAUACUUGGUGUAUUUCAUAAUGGAGAAAGAGAUCGUGAACACGUCCAUGUCGAUGCUCUUCUCCAUCAACCCAGAGAACGGAGACCUUUACGCUCUCAAGACGUUUGACUACGAAAGAGAGAGGGAGUAUCUUUUCCACAUCGAGGCGAGGGACUCGGGUGUUCCUCCACUGAGCAGCAAUGUGACGGUUCACAUCAUAAUUCUGGACCAAAACGACAACACCCCCGUCAUCGUGUCGCCGUGGCGGGCACAAGGGUCUGUGGUGGAAGAGGUGAUACCAAGGUCGACGGAUAAGGGACAUUUGGUGGCCAAAGUGAUCGCCAUCGAUGCCGAUUCCGAGCAGAACGCCCGAGUCACAUACCAGCUCUUGCAAAUCAGCGACAGCAGCCUCUUCAGUCUGGACCAAUACAACGGCGAGAUUCGGACAACCAGGAUGUUCAGCUACCGAGACCCCCGGCAACAACGUCUCGUCAUUGUCGCCAAAGACAACGGCGACCCCGCUCUCUCCGCCACCGUCACCGUUAAAAUAUCCACAGUGGAAAACGCUAUGGCCUUUUCAGAGACCACAGAGUUGCCGCUGGAGUACGACGUCUUCACAGACCUCAACUUGUAUUUAGUCAUCGGCCUGGGCGCCGUUUCCUUCCUGCUGCUCAUUACCAUCUUGGUUAUUAUUGUGCUGAAGUGUCAAAAGCCAAAACCGAAGGCCAUCAAGAUCCCACCGGUGAACAGGAACAGCGUGAUCAGCAGGAACAGCGUGAUCAGCCAGAGGAGCUCCACCAUCGCGGACUCCACUCUGAUCUCCAGCGACGCCUACUGGUACAGUCUGUUCCUGGCAGAGACCAGGAAAGGCAAAGUGGUUGUGAGACAGCCCAUAAUUCCCAAAGGAGCCGGGUAUUUUGUGUCCAGUAUACCCAGGAGCAUAGGACCGAGCGAGACCACAGAGUCCAGAGCGUCCACCCUGGAGUACUCAAAAUGAAAGGAAGUCCGUUCUACAACUGGAGCAGGCAACCAGAAGGGAACUGCCGUGAUAUAAUCAUCUCUUCACGGAAAGCAUUUUUUCCUCCAGUCUCUCCAAGCCGGCUUCCAACCCUCCAAAUAUCAGCCAUGAAUCAUCACAGACCUUCUCCUUCCCUUUCCGGCAUGCAUCUGCAUGAUUCUAGAACACGUUUGAUUUGGACCAAGAGGUGAAAUUCUUCAUUAUUAUGGACAUGCCUUUUCCCUGUCAACCCAGCGGAAACGUUUGCUAGUGCUAAGUACACAACAGGCCCAAUCAAUGAGUCAGGGGGGGCCUAAUUCUUCCAUGCAAGUGAAUUGUAGCUCAGUCAUCCAGUUUCAGUUUAAUUCAGCGCUCAUUUGAUUGAAUAUUGGUAUUGUACUCAACACAAAAAAAACUAUGUAAGAUCAUUUUUAUACUCUUUUCUAGGAGAUUGUGGGCUUGGGCUUUAUGUGUCUGUGAUAUUCUUGAUGACAUUUUGAUGACUGAAAUUAUCAAGUGAACCUUCGGGGGGGGCAUAUGUGCUGUUGAAAAUAACCUCACCUAUUAGUUAAUAUCUACUUGUAUUUUGCUGGCCGAACUUUCAUUGCAGCGCUAAUUAUUUAUUUCUAAGGUGCUUGGAAUGAGUGAGGAGGCAGGAAGGAGGGGGGAGGGAGGAGGGAAGGAGCCAAAAGACUCCCCCCAAACUCAAAAAUGUUGAGUUAGAGCAGGGGUGUCCAAACUGCGGCAAACUGGGAAAAUCAGCAGUAAUUUGACAAGAACAAAGUCAAAAUACAAAGAGGAAAAAGUCGCAAUUUUAUGAAAAUAACAUUGUAAUAUAAGGAGAAAAAAAUAAUAUAACUUUAUUAGCACAGAAAUUAAAUAUUAAAGAAAAAAUAUUUUUUAAAAGAUGAGAAACAAACUAAACAAAAUAAAGUUUUGGAAAACUUUCUUAUAAUAUUAUGGGAAUAAAGGGAAAAUAUUAUGAUGAAAAAAAUGACAAAAUUUAACAUAAAAAACACUAAUAUUACUAGAAUAUAGUCAAUAUAUUAAGAAAAAUUUAUAUAUUUUAAUGCGAAUAAAAGCUGCAAUGUUAUCAGACUAAAUUCCAAAUAUUCCUAAUAUGGUUUUCCUAAUAUUAGGAUGGAAAAAUAACUUCAUGUUAGUAGCGUAGAGUUGAAACAUUAAAGUAAAUUUUUGUAAUAAGAGAAACAAAACAAAAUAAAGGUUUGGAAAAUUAGUUUGGGAAAAAGUUAUAAUAUGAUGGGAAUGAAGUCCAAAUACGAUGAGAAUGAAGACAUAAUGUUAUGGGAGGAAAAAAGCAAAACCAGCGCUAUUUUCACCAGAAAAAACUGCUAAUUUUCUAAGGAAAAAUAACCUAAUUUUAGUAGCAGAAAGCUGCAACAUUGAUAGUAACAAAAUGCAGAAAAAGUUUGGACACCCCUGAUCUCGAGGAACGACCACAUCACUAAAACUGCAAAAAAAGAAAAAGUCCCAUAAAUGGAAGUUCAUGUUUUUUCUCUCAAUGAUAUAAGCUGAUAAAAGUGGCAAUAAAAACACGACGAGAGAAAAAAGAUUUUUAAUGUUAAAUCUCUCCAUUUCUGUCUGUCAAGAAGGACAUGAAAAUGUCUUCAUCUUGGUGAUGAAUGAAGGACAUUCUUUUCUGGGUAUUCUAUGUCUUAACUUUUAAUGCUGCUUCCGUGAGCUUCUUUCCAAGGGCAUUUUGUGUUGCGUUCGUGUGCGUUUAGUGGUUUUGAUGUUUUUUGCUAUACUCUAGUUCUGAAAAUACAGUAACUCUUUCAACCUUUUUUAUUUCUCCGAAACAAGGGGCUGAUUAAAGCAACUGAUUUGGGUGCUAAAGGAUGGAAGCUAAUAGCCUGAAGUACAGUACGUGGUUGAAAUCGCUAUGAAGAUAAGAAAAAAGGUUAAAAAAUAAGCAGAAAAAGAUGAAAGGAAUUGCAGCUGUAGAGAUUGUCCACAAUCCCGUUUUAAUAGUCAGUGUUUUUACUGCUUUUGCUGAGUAUUUCCGUUCCACUACACGGUGAUACGUCGCAGGGCUCGGUAUAAGGCUGAGGAUCUUUUGCUUUGGAGAACAUGCAUUUGUGCAAUCAAUUUCUUAAAGCAGUCAAUUGUUAAACGUAUGAUAAGCUCUUUGCGUGCCUUCUGCAUUGUAAAACGAUAUGGAUGUGGCCGAAACUGGCAAGAAUUUAGUAGGAAAUGCUGAGGAAGAGCCUCACCGGGUAGCGCAAGCACACGGCGAACCGACUGGCAACAAAAACACAAUAAAAUGUCACAUUUGGACACAAAAAGUGUUGUGAUUUAGCAUGUGUCGGGACAUUGCUGGUUCAAUCGCUGCACAGCAUUUAGAGGCGAAAACAACAUGAAAAGCAGAGAGCAGCCUGGGGGGAGAAAAAAAAAUCCUCAUUUCAUUAACAUCAUAAUAUUAUCAUUCUAGUUGCAUAAAUGUCAACUGUUAAAGAUGAAAAGACAUUUUGAGAAACAAACAAAACAACAAAUACAUUCAAAGAUUUGGUUGGGGGAAAAGUUAUAACAUCACAAGAAAAACUUUAUUAUGGAAAUAAAGCCAGAACAAUAUGUACUUGAAUUAUCUGAAAAUAUAAUUUUUGGAAACAAUAACAUCAUUUUAGGAACACAGAUGAGUUGAACUAUUGAAGAAAAUAGAUGUUAUUUUUUAAAGUCCUCAUAUUAUGAGAAUAUUAUCAUAGCUAUUGUGGAAAAUUAGCACUCAUUUUAUAAGAAUGAAGUCAAAAGAGAAAAAAAAAACGUCGUCAUUUUCCAAGAACAAGGUUGAAUUAUAUAUUAUCCUUCUAGUAGCAUAAAGGGGAAAUUGUCAUGAGAAAAAAUAUAUAUUUUAUGGGUCAAUUUCCAAAGAUUUGGUUGCAGAAAAAAAAUCAUAAUGUCCAGAAAAAAUCAGAUGUAAAUAAAACCAUAACCACGAGUACUCAAACGCAGUUGAAAUAAUUUGCCAAUGAAAAAGCAGACGUAAUCUUACCAGAAUCAAGUCAAAAUAUGAAGACAAAAAAAUAGUAAUUUUAAGAAAAUAAUUUCAUAAUAUUACAAAGAAAAAAACAUAAUUUUAGUAGCUUGGAGGUGAAAUAUUAAAGAAAACUUUUUUUGAAGUGGCAAUAUUAUGAUACACAAAGAAAACAAAAUAAGGUCGUCAUAUUUUUUUAAAUUAAAAAAUGAACUAUUUAAUUAAUUAACUAUUAACUAUUUAAAUUGGGUUGGGGGAAAAACUUAUAGUAUUAUGGGAAGUAAAAAAUAUGAGAAGAUUUCUGAAGAUUAUUUAAGUAGAAAGUAGAAAAAAACAACAGCAAAAAUGGGGAAAGAAAAGUUGAGAGUUAUGAUUUUUUUUUUAUUCCAGCCUGACCUUCCUAUCUUCUUUUGUGCUGAUUGAUUUCCCGCCCUUGCUUUUCAUGUUGUUUUCACCUCUAAAUGCAGGCAAAGCCUAUCCUACCCAAUCUGAUGGUAAGGAACGCCCUGGAUUUCUUUUUAUUAAUUGAAUAAACAAAGAAAUUGGACAAAGCCAAUUGUUUACUUACUUCUGGGGGCCACUGGAUUACAAUAUCAUUCAUUUAUUCUUUUUCAAUAACAAACAUUUGAAAGUCCUACUAAAUUCUUGUGGGCCAUUGCGGUUCCUCCUCUGCUGAAAUACCACAAUGUGUGGUCUUGUAGGAGAUACAGUAUAGAAGCAAGCUGGUGACUCAGCCUUUUGUUUUCCAUGCGUUUACUGUAAAGUCCAGCACUUUUUACCUGCCGUUCUUUUCAAUAAAGUCCACCUUUUGAUAUCUUCACUGUGAUGGGAUGGCACAGGAGGUGCGUUUGUUCUUGGCCGAGUGUCGCCACCACGUCAGAUUGUACACAACGCUUGAGAACCACAUCCGACGUCCCAUCCCAGUUCCAUGGAACCCUGACCCGAUGGGAGCCAACGGUCUUGCUUUCUUUUCCGGUCCAGUUCAUUGUCGGGUUUUGAUGUCGCUCAUUUGGCUUUAAUGUUCUGCUUGAUGAUGAUAGUUGGAAUAAAGCUUUUGAAAUCA